AUGGAGGAAGCCAAAUUGGUCGGCUUGCUUGGCAGCAUCCAAAAGUCGAAUGAAAAGAACGCCAUCUAUCGAAAUUUGGUCUCCAUUCGCACGCAUUUUGUGACGACUGAAAAUGGCAUCAAGAUGUUUUCGUCUCUCCGUGGAAUCGAGGUGUUGGUCGGUUUGCUUAGCAAACCCUACGAAAAGGUGAUAGAAGUGGUGCUUAGCAUAUUGGGCAAUUGUUGCACGAGAAAGGAAUGCUGCAAACAGGCGUUCGAAUGUGGUAUACUGAGACCGUUGGUCUCGAUCAUUUCCAACAUUCCCAAUGCAAGCAUCCAGUGUCGGGGCUGCCGUUUGUUGGGUAAUCUUGCCCAGCACGAACCAAUCAGCUACAAAAUCGCUCGGGACAAUGGUAAUAUCGCAUACGUUCUCAGCACGAUCCUUAACGAGUCGGACAACACUGCCGUGCUGAUUAUGGUGAUCCGCGCAAUACGACAACUGUGGCGCGAAAAAUCGUUACGUACUACGAUGAUGGAUCAGGGAUGCAUCGGAAAAAUCGUGCAUCUGCUGGUGCGAUACGCCCAGAUCGAUUCCGAUGCGAACGGUUCACCGCCAAACGACCAAUCGACGGUUAGUGUCGAAGAAAUCAAACCCACCUCUAGUGGCGAUGAGGAAAAGGUGGUUUUAAAGCACUGGCACGCUCCCGACCGGAUGGUGACGAAGGAAAAGUUCAACAACAUCGUGCGAAACAUGGAACACAGCCAGCUUUGCGACAUCGUGGGAUACCAGGUGAUACAGACCUACCGCUGGAAGGAUCGGCUGGAUUUCCGGCUGCCAGAGUCGGAUGAAGUGAGCAAGCUAUUCGAGAGCGUACUCAAGUGUCUGCAGAUGAUGACGACCACAAUGCUGCAGCAGGUGGUUGACGAUAUAUACGGUGAAGCGGGAACGGGUUUACAUUGUCUCGUUUACCUUUGCGGUCAAACUAGUCCGUUUCGAGCGCUGUCGCUUAAGGUGGUGUCGAACCUGGCGGCCCAUCCGGAUGCGAUCGAUAGGCUCACGUCGUGCGGUGUGAUAAAGAUGGCUGCGGAUCUGAUCAUGUACGCCAGCUUAGACGACUCGGAGAAGCGAUACUGCAUCAAUAUGAUGUGCUUGCUUACCAAGGAAGCAUGCAAUCGUGGUCACAUCCGGCGAAGUGGUGCCCUACAGUCGUUUAUGAAAAUCGCGAAGCAAUCGAACGAGAAGCGCGAACAAGCGAUGAUCCUGUACGCUCUGUACCAGUACCGGUUCGAUAGUUUAAGCAACGAGAUUCUUCUCAGUAACGGGCUAGUGAGCUUUCUUGUGCGAAUGCUGAAUGGUAUUAUAGCCGAAAAGGAGAUCUCACACAUACGCCACGAUGAGGAAGAGAGCCAGCGCACGACGCACGCGAGCGUGUUCAGCAAACGCCGAUCGAACUACGCAAAAACGGGCAAAAUGCGCCGUAGCGAUCUACUGUUUCACUACAAAUCGAGCAAUGCAUACCACCAACAGCAGCUGCAGCAGCAGCAACCGCAUCAUAAGGCCGCAAAGCAAUCCAAACUGGAUCCGUACUGUUCGGCGCCGGAAUCUCCGGACAGCGGAAGCAGCGGUUACGCCAGCACCAGCUACGGCACGGUGCGCAGUCCUUCCACAAGCGUGGGGUCUAGUCCUCCUCGCGUUCCAGAGGACGAAGCGUUUGGCGAUGACACGGAGAUCUACUCUCCAGUGUGCAGCGAUCACGAGCAGGAAGACGAAACGGGCGACAUCGGCGAGGGGCCGAUAGGCAAACAAAUUUCACCCAUCAGUACGGACCCUUCCGGUGCGGAGGAAGAGGAAAAGAAGCUAGAAGAAGAGACGCUCGAUGGGGCGGAAGAAAUGAAUGAUUUCGAUAUGGUGGCGUACCUUAUAGAAGAUAGCUCCAACGCCAAAUGGCUGGAUAAUGCCGAGGAAAAGGAUUUGCCAGAUGAGGACAGCUUAGGGCUGAGGCCGUCCAAAACGCCCCACUCGGACGAUUGUAUCGAUGAUAACGAAAUGUUCAAGAUCGAGCUGGAGAUCGCUACGGCUAAAACGUUCGAAAAAUAUCCCAUGCAACCAACGCUGACGUUACUGUGGUCCGUUUCGAAGUCCUUUCCCGCGAUGGAGUUCGUGCAGGCGGAUACGCUGGAAACGCUACUAAAAAUCUGCAAACAGUCCAAAAAACCACGUGGCCGCGCGUUCCAAACGCUGGCAAACAUACUGAAACACGUGAAUCACUUUUUGCCAUUGCUGAAGCAGGACUUCGUCUUCAGGCUGCACGAGAUGAAGAGUCCUUACCCGACGCAUGGGGCCCGCUGCUGGAGCUGUGACGAAAUGCGCACGGCCUGCAACGAUCUGAUGUCCCUGUUUGGGUCGGUCGGAGAGACGGGCUACGGGCAGGGUGAGAUCGCACACAUUUUACGAACGGGCGAACGCGACCUGCAGCUGCGAGUUUCCAUCAUUGUGAUGUUCGUCGUACGGGACACACGGCUCCUGCACAAGCUGCUGUUCGACAUGAAAGUACUGGAGAUGGUGAUGGACUACAUACUGGACGAUGGUAUCUCCGUUGGCGCUCCCGGGGGAGAUACCGAACACCUGAACCAGCUCCAACAACGGUUAAGUGGGAUCGCCUGUUCGGCGAUAACGCGUCUCGCCCAGAAUGUGGGUAUCGUUGGUGAGGAGGAGGACACAGGCACGCCCAGUGAAAAGCUUGAGGAGAAAGAAUUCGACAACACGCUCACGAUCUGCGACGAGUCAGCGGUCAGUGCGGACGAAAAGGUUACCUUCCGCGUGCGGAGUACCCCGACUGGUCCGCAGGAAACGGUUCUCGUUAGCAAAGCGCUUCUCAUGGAGGGCAGCGAAGUGUUCCGCCGUAUGUUCGAGGGUGACCACUUCAUCGAGUCAAAAAACAACGAGGUACACCUGCAGGAGCCAAUCACUGCCGACGGGUUGCGGUAUUUCUUCUACCUCAUCCGGCUACAGACGCUUAACAAGCUAACUGGCAUGGCACCGCCACCGAAGGUGAUCGAAGCGAGCCUCGAUGCGCUCAGUUUGGCACAGAAAUAUUUGCUUCCGACCGUCGAGAAGCCCGUGCUGAACAUAAUCAAGACGCUGCUAAAUGACGACUGCGUGCUGAAUGUGUUCGAAUGGUCCCUAGCAAACUACAACCAGGAACUGUUGAUCGCAUCGACCUACUACUUUCUCUACUCGGACAUCAGUGGAGCGGCCAAACGUAAGCUGUACCGAGCGGCCAACAGAUCACGCUAUCGCGAUGAUUGGAGGCGACUACUUACCGAAACUAUCCUAUUUCGUGUGCAACCAAAUGCGGAGCUUUAA